UGCAAGCAGGGGACACUUGCAGCAUACCAGAAGCGAUACAGAGAGGACCUGAAAAAAUCACUGAAAGAAAUAGCCGGCCCUCCAAUCAGAUGAUGUUGGCAGAAUUGGCCCCCAGCUCAUUUGAGUUUGAUACCCCUGGCCUACACACAACCAGACCCCUCUGACACAACACAGAGCGAGCGCGGAAUGAACAGCAUCCUUACAUGAGCCAUUGGUAUCAUUGUGAAGAUUUUCAGAUGCCCCUCCAGUCAUUCGUGCCAGUGGCUUCUGCUGGUACCCCUCGGUGUGCACCCAAUUUCUCUCCAGAAGACUCAAGAGACUCCGCCAGGCAGCUUUUAAAAGAUGUAACCUUGCAGAAACUGCUCACCACGGUCACAGAGUUGACUAAGGAGGUGAGGGACCUGCGGCAGGACUUCAGAGAGUUCCGCCAGUCCUGUAGGUGUGGCCAAAGUGCUGGGGUGGUGGGCUUGACUGAAGAGCCACUGCAACUGCCUCUACACUGUAUGGAGGAGCUGGAGAACGCAGAGGUGAUACUCCAGUCCCAGGAGGCUAGAAAGGCAAUGGUGGCCCGCUUCACAGUUAUUGGGGGGACCACCCUGGAGAUCAGGGUCCGGCGCAUGCGGGCAUACAGCAUGACCAAUGAGCUGGCCUCAGGCCUAAACUGGGCUGGCAAGAAGAACAAGGAUGUGGCCAAACAGAAGCGGCCCUUUAAAGAAAUGGCUCUCUGCAAAUGCAUGUUUGAUGCACUGACUCAACGACUGAGUACGGCAAAUACUUAUGAAUUCGCACAAGCUGUGCAGAAGUGGCUGCGCUACGCCCCAGACUGAGCUGGAGGAGCUGGACGACCGACGC